AUGAUGCACAGCAGCGAUAGCUUUUCCUGCAGCGAUGGCGUGAACGGCGGCGGAGGCGUGCCACCCUUCUUACGGGCCUACGCGACCAGGCGGGGCUACAGCCCGAUCGGAAGAAGGAGGAGACAUGACGAGCGACCGGUAGGAGUUGUGGGGGUCAGGGGGAUGGUCAGGGGGAUGUUCAGCUGGAAGAGGGCCGUGGGCGCAGCCGCUGUGUUUGUGGUGUUCAUUGCCGCUGUCUCGACCUCGAACUCUUGGCGCAUGGCCGGUGGGAGCCCUGGUGCCGGCCAGCAUCUGCAGGACAGCGGAAGCAACUCGUACCGUGGAAUCUUCGAAGCCUUCGAGCAAAGAUAUUCCGGCUCCCCUGCGGGCGGCGGCGGCGGCCGGGGGGAGGAGGGGCCCGGCAGGCUGGAGCUCAGGGCCACCAACGAGUACGGGGAAUACGACCGCGGGGCUCUGGCGCUUUACGGGCUGGAGAUGGUGGUGGAGCCCCACCGGGCGACCAGAAUAACGGUCUCCAGCAGCCGACCCCGCCGCCUCCCGCCAUCGGAGAACUCGGAGGUCUCGGAGGUCUCGGAGAUCUCGGAGAUCUCGGAGAAAUCUCCGUCGCCGCCGUCGUCGUCGUCGUCGUCGUCGAGGCGCUACUACUGGUUGCUGGUGCGGGCGGACCGAUCGGGGGCCCCGCUGGAUGGCGUGACCCCCCUGGUGGACACGAAGGCGGCGGGCCCCCUGGCGACCGUUACGCUCACGGACGCGGGCGAGAAGUACGCCCUGCUGGUGCAGCAGGUAGAGGCCGGCGGGGCCCUGAUAGCGGAGGCACGGGUCACGAUCACGUGCAAGUACGUGCGACGGGAGCUGAGGAGCCUGACGGGGGAGGACCGAACCGGGUUCUUCGCGGCCAUGCGGGAGUUCUACACGGUCUCGCUGGAGGAGGGAAGGGGCAAGUAUGGGGAAGGGUUCUCCAACGCAAAGCACGUGGCCGCGUACCACAACAGCCCGGACUACUGCUUCCACAACGGGAUGCACUUCCUGAACGCUCACGCCGCCUUCGACCUUUGGGUCGAGAAAAACCUUCAGAAGAUCGACCCCAAGGUGUCGCUACCCCAAUGGGACUACAUGCUGGACUCCGCCCUCCUCGGGACCGGGUGGCCAUCCAGCGAAAUCUUCAGCCCGGACAUGUUCGGAUCGGCGUUGGGAUCUCCGGAGAACCAGUUCCAGAUCUCCGACGGCUGGUUCUCCAACAUCACGUCCUUGUACGACCCGCGGGGUGGCAUCCUGACCCCCGCGGAAUCGUUCAUCACAACGAGCCAUAACUCGUACGGUUUCGUGGACGGCAUUUACAAUUUCCAGGCGCUCCCGGGAGUAAUUCGCACGAACUCAUACUGCGGGCUUGAGGGCAUGGCCGAGUUCACCAAGUGCGAAGUCUUCGUGGACUGCUUCGAGAGCAGUGGCACCUUCUACGCCUGGGCGUCCUGCAUGGAACUCCAGGUACACGCCUCCAUACACGGCAUGAUCGGAGGCGGGUUCGACUGCAAUAUCGACAUGGUCGAGUUCCACAAGGAGAAUCCGCAGUAUCACCACGGGCUCCUAACGUUUGUCCUCGAGUACCUGCUCGCCAACAAGUGGCCCUCCAACAGCUUGAUGGGGGACUUGAACGAGUGCGCCGAGCAGUGCGAUGUCGACCAGGGCGAGCCGUGCGGGUGCACGUGCCUCGUUGAUCCUUUCGAGUGGACUGACGAUGAGGUGUACGACUUCAUGGAGCACGUGUUGGUAAGACUGCGGGGAAGGGCCAAAGGAGUGUCGUACGUCGGCGAAGACGUUACCGCCAGGCACCCGCUCGGAUUCAUGCAGGAAGGAGAGCGGCUAGACGAAGAGUCGACAAUGCUGCUGCUGCGCCAGAUGAUGGCGAUCGGGUGCCAGCCCGGGAAAGUCGGAGCGAUGAGCACCGGCGCGGCCCCUCUGGACCCAAUUUUCUGGACUCUUCACUCGGGGUUCGAGAAGGCACAGCACAUCCUGCAGCUCUCACCGGGGUACCGAGACGCCUACGGCUUCGACUGGGUGGAUGCGGAUUGCGGCGACGGCGUCUCGGGAGGAAAGCUAGACGACGUGUACCCGUGGACAGAGCGAACGCUCGGCCUCGGGGAAGGCUCCGAGCUCCUCACCAACGCAGAACUCACGGACAUCCUCCACCCUUCCAACCCCAAGCUGCCCUACCUCUAUGAAGCCUUCGAAAAGUGGGGCACCUGCACCGACUGGGACCCCUGUCCGGAGUGCAGCGACACCGCAGCCCUAACGCGACGGCGGCAGUGAUUUUGUUCGACUUCCGUACAUGUAAUAGGUUUUGUUUUGCCUCAAUGGCAGUUCGGUUGAGGCCGGUUUGUCAAAAUGUACAGAAGCACUUUAUGAAGAGGGUACCAAGCACAACAGCAACGCUGGGAAAAACGACCCCACCCUAAUUGUAGGUGGUCGCCGUUACCAGCAUGGAGCCCCCCCGGCAUAGAACAUAGCAGCGCGUGGAGACAAGGAGCGUGCCGCUGCUUCGCAUGAUAUGCAUGGUUUUUACGAUUCUGGUACAACGUUUGAUUUUUCACCUCCGGGUUGGCAUUGCCGGCGAAACGAACGCCCACGAUCAUCGCUCGCGUUUGUCAUAUGCGAGGUGCACAGAUGGUUCCUCGGGAUACACACCUAUAGUAGUAUUAUAUUCGUUUGUUGUGUGACUCCCGUGAUGAGGUGUUGGCGAAAUAGUAGUUCAUUUAUUGAGUGAUUGGAGCAACGAGCUCUCCGUCUACACGUUCAGUUUGUCUAGGGAUUACGCUUUGCUCCUUGGAAUUUUGGUUUUAUGUUGUCUGGCGUCUUUAUUGUUGUCUUGUCUUCGCACGUUGUUCGGGGUCUUGGCUUAUGGCCACUGGAGUUCUUGACACCUCACGAGUAGGGAAAGUAAAAGCAAGUACGUAGGAGGAAGUUGUAGUUUUUUCUUGCAUAGUUGUGGCCACGAAGUUGGUUCCGUUGGAGAGUUUGUAGGGAAGAACGGGAACUGGAUAGGAGA